AUGCAGUUGUCGGCGCUGGCGGGUAUUUUGGUUCUGGGACUGUUAGCAAUGGCAGUUGCCUAUCCGAGUGGGGGCAGUGAGUACAACAUUACCUCAAGAGACGCACCUCAGGCGCCACUGAGGAAAAAAAGAGAUCACGUGGACAUUCGAAAAAGGCUACAAGCACUAGCUGUAUUGAAAGUGUCGGAAGAAGAAAGCUUGGUGCCCCUUAUUGAAUACACGGACGGUUCUGGAGUAGCAAACCAAUACAUCGCUCGACUUUUGCCUGGCGCAGAUUAUGGUCAAAUCACUAGGAUCAUCAAAGGAGCUGAGAACAGUCAAGAAGUCAAGUUUAGUAAAGAAAGGGAUUUUGUCAUUCUGCGAAACAUAAGUGCCAGCGACCUCCUGAAGUUGCGUCGACUGAUCGAUGUUAUUGAGGAGAUCGAGCAAGAUGUGAAAGCAAAACUGAACACAGAAUACUGCAGCAACGAGUACACUGUAUCAUCACGGAGUGGACUAUGGGGCUUGGAUACUCUUGACGGUGUUCCAGGGGAUUCUAAGUUCCGAAGCUGGGGCGAUGGGGCUGGUAUAGAUGUAUAUGUGGCGGACACGGGCAUCAAUCCAGACCACCGCGAUUUUACAGGGAGAGUAACCAUUGGUUGGCCGAAAUCGACAAGUGUGGACAGCAACGGCCAUGGUACCCACGUGGCAAGUAUCAUCGGGGGAGAGAAAUAUGGGGUGGCAAAGCGGGCCAACAUCAUUUCUCUAAAGAUUUGCGACUACUCGUGCCCUACAUCCGGCAUAUUACAAAGUCUUCUGUGGAUAGAGCAAAGAGUGAAAAAGAGUGGACGCCUCUCUGUCGUUAACCUCAGUAUUGGCGGGCCGUACAACCGGGUUUUGAACGACGCAGUCGAUGACGUCAUUGAAGCAGGAAUCCCCGUGGUUGUCGCAGCCGGAAAUGACUAUGCUAGCGACGCUUGUGAUUUCUCUCCAGCUAGCAGCGCGGCUUCCCUCACUGUCGGGGCGUUUAACGCCAAUUACGAAAGGGCGAGAUUUAGUAAUCUAGGCCCUUGUGUAGACUUAUACGCCCCGGGUGAAUCUAUCACAGCCGCAUCCUAUUGGAACAAAUAUGGAAGCACUACCAUGAGCGGGACCUCCAUGGCGGCUCCGUUUGUGACUGGCGCUGUGGCGGCCUUGCUGCAGGUCCUCAGGGAUAACGGGAAAAUUUCCUCCCCCUCCGCUGAGGUAAUCAACUACGCGGAGAUAUACAUUAAAGAACAGGCAAAAUGUGGUAAACUUUCCAAUGUCAAGGACGACCAUUUGGUUUUAUAUACCCCUUGCCUGGAGGUUUUCAGCUAA